AUGGCUUUGUAUGAGAUGGCUUUCAGUCGCGAGCUCAAAUUGACUGUAUUCGCUGGCGUACGAUCCAAUCAAAUUUCUACAUGUACAAAAUUCCGUGAUACAAGAAGAUUGUGCUUUAAGACAGCUAUGAAUCAAGAUUGUGGUUUCUAUAUUCUACUUGUGUCGGUGUUUGUCUUAUUCUCUUUACAAAUUGUUCUGGCUGACGAUACAGAAUUAUACAAGAACAAUGAAGAAAAGAGAUUCGCAGCAUUCAAUGAUUUUUCAAACCCGGAAACGCCUUAUUCAAAACAAUAUUGGUUUUAUCCCCAUACUUCUCAAGGUUUCUUAAAAACUCUAUUACGAUACCUAGCUCUUAACGAACAGUCCUAUCGUAAUACAGUCAAACGACAGAGGACGUUUGGUUUUGUAGGUACUCGAGGUAAAAGGGGAGAUACAUUCGACGGUCUGAAGGAUUUUGUAAGAAAAUUACAAGAUGAAAUCAACAGAAGAAAAUAUGGAUCUAUGUUACUGGACAACUCGCUGGAUAAUAGUCAAAAUGGUUAUAACAAGUUAGAGUUAAAACUGGACCAGUAG